AUGUCCCUGGUAUCCACUUCUCAGCAAAUCAUCGUUUACAGCGGAAUAGUUCUUUUUCUUGUUGGAAUAACUGGUAACACAAUGAAUAUAAUCAUAUUUUCCAAUGUUCCUGCGUAUCGUCGAGCACCAGCCGCAUUCUAUUUUCUUAUCGAAUCAAUAUUCAAAUGUAUUUUCUUAUUGGUCAAUCUUCCGCCACGUAUAAUUGCUUUCAGUUUUGGAUAUGAUUUUGCUAACAUGUCAGUCAUCUGGUGUAAAACAAGACAAUAUCUCCUGAUGAUGUCGAGCGCAACAGCAAUUAGUUGCAUAUGUCUAUCUACGAUUGAUCAAUAUUUCGUUACAUCCUCAAAUCCAUCGCUACGUCGUAUGAGUCAAAUAAAAUGGUCACGUCGAAUAGUAAUAAUCGUGAUUAUUACUUGGUGUCUUCACGCCAUUCCCUUUUGCUUAUAUUUCAAUAUUUCACCAAUUACGAAAACAUGUAUCAGCACGAAUCGAACUCUAUCAUUCUAUAUUCCCAUAUAUUUUCUUCUUGUUGUUUGUACGACUCCAGUUUUAAUUAUAAGUAUUUUUACUGGCUUAGCUUACCGAAAUAUUCGCCGGACGGCAGUUCCCGCUCGACAACGGGCUGAUCGGCAGUUAAUACAAAUGACUUUAAUGCAAGUCAUUCUUGUUCUACUCUGCAUUACUCAACUUGGCGGUUGGUAUGUGUAUACUGUGAUCACUUCGGGAACUGUUAAAAAUCAAGACCAAAUGCUGAAAGAGUACCUUAUCUACGCAAUAAUCAGUACUGAAACAACAUUAUACUACUCUGGAAGUUUCUAUGUAUUUGUUUGCACAUCAAGCCGUUUUCGUCAAACGAUAAAGGAAUUUUUCUUCGCACGACGAAGAAGCAAUACAGUACAUCCACCUCAGCAAACGUGA